CUCUGCCGCCCACCGAGAUCAGACCCCCUCCCUCGGCACCUCCCGGCACCUCCCGAUACUCCCGGUUCCCUCCAGCCCCCCCGGUAUCCCUGUUUCCCCCGGUCCGUGGGGGCGGGAGCGCCUGGUGCCCGUUUCGUGCUGUGUCCCCCCCUCCCCGGUGUCACCGGGCACCGACGUCCCCACCCAGUCCCCUGGGAGCCCCGGGGGUAGAGGAGGGUUUGGGAAGCCCCGAGGGGCGGGAGCUGCCGGGUGGGCAGAGCCCGGGGCCGUUCCCGGCAGCCCCGGGCCGUGCCUCGGUUUCCCCAGGUGGAUAAAACACGGGAAAAGGGCGAUUUCCCCCCAAAUCCCCCGGAAAUCCGAGGGGGUUGGAAACACCACGGGGUCCGGUGGGUGCUGGUUAACGGGAGAAGGCACCGGAGCCCCUGUCACGGGGCCAUCACAGACCCACGUGCGAGGGCAGGGCCGGGUGCCCCAUGGCAGCACUUGGCUUCGGGCACUGCCAGUCCCUCCUCCCCUCCCUGCGCUCCAGAGGAUGAAAUUCCUCCAUUCCCGGAGAGACUAAUCCCUUUGGAGAGGUCGGAUCCCACCCAAGAGCACGAGUUGGGUGAAAAACUUCCCAACUCUGACCCACCUCCCUCUGGAGGAUGGAAGGAUCUGGGCCAUAAACAUUCUUUGCUGACCCCAAGCCCAGCACCGGAUCCUGAUUGUCCCGUGGAGUUUUCUUCCCUUCUGGAGCGACUUUGUCCUCCUGGUCCCGGGGUAGGAAGCAUGUGAUGCCCCCCCGGCCCCCACCGUGGGCCGGACAGGCGGAAGGAUGGUGGUUUGGCCUCAGUUUCCCCUCUCCCACCCUCUGUUUUCUACUUCCCCAUAAGUCUCCGUCUGCUCCGAGCAAAGGGGAAAGGAAGUUGCUGCCAGAGAGCAGCUUGAUGGCAGCUGGAGAAAGAAAAGGAGGAAAUGGAAGGCGAGACAGAUGCUUCAAAAUAACCCCCCCUUCCUCCUCCUCCUCUUCCUCCUCUCCAUGAAAUAAACCCCCUUCCUUCCCAUUCUUUCCAUAAAAUAACCCCCAUUCCUCCUUCUUCUCUCCAUAAAAUAACCUCCAUUCCUCCUCCUCUUCUUCCUCCCCAUUCUCUCCAUAAAAUAACCCCCAUUCCUCCUCCUUUUCCUCCUCCUUCUUCUCUCCAUAAAAUAACCCCCAUUCCUCCUCCUCCUCCACCUCCUCCUCCUCUUCCUCCUCUUCCUCCUCUUCCUCCUCUCCAUACCGCAGCUGCCUCCCCCUGGGGCACAGCAAUCCCAGGGGAAAUUCCUUGAUACGCCACCAGAUCCUCAGAUCAGCCCCCCAGGAUCAACCCCCCCCCCCCCCCCCCCCCCCGUGUGCCAGGAUCCCAUUCCCACGGGAAGCGCCGCCUGGAUUCACCACCACCCACGCCCGGGGUUGGCAUCGCCGGAGCCCCCUCGGAUCGGCUCCUUGCUCAGACACGUCGGAGCCGCCGGGGCGGAUCAGCAUUCCCAGGCAAAACCAAAAAAGCUUCUCCUCCUUCCCGUAGCUGCAUCUUUGCGGGAAGGAGAUUUGGGGAUGGAGGAGCUCAGCUCCCGGUGCCAGAGGUGUGAGGGGCAGUGAUCAGUGAUGGGGUCGUGCCAAGCGCUCGGUGCCAGUGCGGUGCCGGGCUGUGGCGAUGCCCCGCGGCAUUCCCGGUCCUCGCUCCGGCCGAGGGUUCAUCCCGGCCUUGCCAAGAGCUGAGUUUUGCCUCGGGAGAGGUGUUUACUCAGCGGCUUCCUCCCCGGCCUCACCCCGCUGGGCACACACGCGCCGGAUCCGUGGGAUCCGUGUGCCAGCCCGGCGGCUCCGGCUGCUCUUUGCGCCCAUGGCAACGUGAGGAGCGGCCUGAGCCCUCCCUCCUCCUCUCUCCCUCCUCCACUCUCCCUCCACUCUCUCACUGCUCUCCCAGGAGCUGGAGGGGUCACGGAUGGUGGGGACAGGCUGCUGGGGCUCUCCGGUUACUUCCCGGCGCUCCCACCCUGUAAUCCAGCGCGGCGGCGUUUAAUUAAUUAAUAGGGGUUGGAGUGGGUGGAAAGCGAUGCCGGGGGACGGAGCACGAUCCUAUCCACCCCCUUGGCGUUUAGCCAAGGAUUCAGGAGGAAUGGGAAUGCUGGGUUUGCAGAGCCAGAGGUGUUUUCCGAAUCGGUGGGAGGAAAUAGCCUGUGGGAUGGAGGGAAAACCAGGGAGAUCUCCUCUAUUAAAUGUUUAUCCUGGUUGGGAACUGAUGUUUCCGUGUUGGAGGGAACGAGUUCCUAUGGCCCUGGUGAGGAGGAGGGGAAGAGGAAAAGGAGGAGGAGGAGAAGGCAGAGGUGCCUCUGCUCUGAGCUGGAGCUUUGCAGAGCCUCCCCCUCUGCGCUGCUCCAUAAAUUAUUUAAGUGCUUUCCCUUUCCUGCAUGAAAUAUUCACCUGCUGCCAAGGGAACUGGGGGAAUUUGCGGGGGGGAGCCCGCUGGUGGGAACCAGGUGAUGGGGACAGUCGAGGUGAAGGACUUUUGGGACUGGUAGAAAUGAUAAUUGGGAUGGUGUCACUGCUGGAUUUGGCCCCUUUCCAUAAAGGACCUCCAGCUGGUGCUCACUUGGCAGCUCUGCCGUGGCGAGUGCUGGUGCCACCGGUGCCAGGUGCCAGCAGGAUGACGGGGUCUCGUGUUCCCCUCGAGCUUUAAUUGAUGCUUGUGCCCAAAAUGGUGUGGGAGAUGUUUUUUUGGGGGUCCCUGGGGGGCGAGGCCGCAGCCAGGUGUUGGGUGAGGUGCUGCGGGUGCCGUCCCGCUGCGGUGAACACCAAACCGCCGGCGGAGGUGGCCACGGCACGAGCCCAUCCCCAGGGGAGCACACCCGUCCCACGGCGGGGACACCCUCUGUGUCCUCUCACGGGACACCCCAACCUCCACACCACCGCCGAGGGCUGCAGAACUGCCCCCCCCAAACCUCCGAAAUGGGUGGAAACCCCCCCAAAAAGGGCUGUGACUGUCCCCGAAGCCGCCGUGGGCACCGCGGCCCCGCCGCGCUCUUCCGGAGCUGGGAGGGGACUCGGUGACAGCAACACCCGGCUGCUCCUUUUCGGAAGAAGAAGCUGUUUUUUUGAGGGCGUUUUCAUUAAAAAAGAAGAAGGGGGUGGAGGGGGGGGGCAACCCAAGCCCUGAGCCGGGCUGGAAACUUCAGCGACAGGAAGGAAGCGAAGUGGGUUAUUUCAGGCUCGUGUUUGCUCCUCGGGGCAAGACUUGCCUCUUCCGCGCGCCGAGAGCAGCCCCUCCGUGAACAAUGGGGUCGCGGGGCCCUUCCCGGCAGGAAAAGGGCUCGUUCCGGUGAAAAUCUCCCUGUUGGUGCUGAGUCAGCAGGUCCCAGUGCGGUGCAGAGGGUGCCCCGCGAACCGUCCCGGUGCUGAGCGGGAGCCAACGGGAGAGAUGGACACCUUCAGCACCAAGAACCUGGCCCUGCAGGCCCAGAAGAAGCUCCUGAGCAAGAUGGCCACCAAAACCAUCGCCAACGUCUUCAUCGACGACACCAGCAGCGAGAUCCUGGACGAGCUGUACCGGGCCACCAAGGAGUACACCCACAACCGCAAGGAGGCCCAGAAGAUCAUCAAGAACCUCAUCAAGAUCGUGAUGAAGCUGGGCGUGCUGUACCGCAACGGGCAGUUCAGCCCCGAGGAGCUGCUGGUGAUGGAGCGGUUCCGCAAGAAGGUCCACACCUUGGCCAUGACGGCCGUCAGCUUCCACCAGAUAGACUUCACCUUCGACCGCAGGGUCAUGUCGGGGGUGCUCCUGGAGUGCCGGGACCUGCUGCACCAGGCCGUGAACGGGCACCUGACGGCCAAGUCCCACUCCCGCAUCAACCACGUCUUCAACCACUUUGCGGACUACGAGUUCCUGUCGGCGCUCUACGGGCCCUCCGAGCCCUACCGCACCCACCUGCAGAGGAUCUGCGAGGGGGUCAACAAGAUGCUGGAGGAGGACAACAUCUGAAGGCUCUUGGCAGCCGGGCUCUGCCUCCUGGGAGGGUGGAUGGGGCUGUUUGCCUGCUCUGAGCACCCUCCUCCUCCUCUGCAGUGCUCGCUCGUUUUCCCCUCGUUUCUACAGGAGACUGAACAUCUUGACUUUUGCCCACCCCUUGCCCAGGGGGCUUCAAAGCCCUCCCUGCGCUGGGCCGAGUCCUCUCUGGGGGAUCCUGGGAUUUUGGGCUCCUGCUGUACAGUUUGAUUUCCUUUGCCCACCAAGUGUCCUUAGCUCGGAGUCCGAGGACUCUGAGCCUUGAACUCUGUCGUAACCCUCUGGGGGGAAAACCAAAGCAAAGCCUGGUGGUGUGUAACACCUCUGAAAGGGGUGUCUGAGCAGGUGGGAUGUUGCUGGUUGUGAGACCCCCUUCCUGGAGGGUUGUGGGGCUCCCUGGUUUUCCUUCAGCAGCUCCAUAACACCGUGGGAGCAAAUCAUGGUGCAGAGUGUUGCUGCCCAGGAUGGGAAGGUGUGGGCUUUGCUCUCCUCAAAGACAAGUCCCUGAGAGGAGGAGGAUCCCACCUCACCUGGACAAGGGAGCUGCUCCUUCCCUGCAUCCCAGGUACCAUCCAAGCCCCAGCUCCCCAUGACUGUCACGGCUCCGACGCCGCCCUCGGGGGUUCUCCGAAGUUCUCCGUGGGAUUUCAUCCAUUUUCCACGUUGUCUGAGUGAUGGUUGUUCUUUUUUUAGCAAACUCUGUAGCCCUGAUGAGUUAUUUAAAUAAACUCACCUGUUUGGCCUGGGA